CUGAUUUGCCCAUAUUUUGCCACGUGUACAAGUUUUUGACGAUUAAUACACACUAACUACAUACACCUCCACGCAGCAGAUUAUUAUUUACCGAUACAAAAAUCUUUAAAAGAUAUUAUUUUAUGACUUCGUAUAUAUACCCCUUAAACCCUACACCUUGGCUUCAUUCUCCCAUUUCCUCUGCCUCUCUCUCAGUUUACAAAACCCUAGUUUCGAAGUAUUCACGAGAAAUGGCUUUCUGCAAAAAUCUCGGUGGUCUAUUGAGACAAGGGGUGGUUUCUCAUACUGGAAAUGUUCAGGCUCAGACUAUGUUCGGUUCUCUCCGGUUCAUGUCUACCAAGCUUUUCGUCGGAGGUCUUUCAUGGGGAACUGAUGACCAGUCCUUGAGGGAGGCUUUUGCUAACUUCGGUGAUGUGAUUGAUGCUAAAGUCAUCGUUGAUAGAGAAUCAGGGAGGUCAAGGGGUUUUGGAUUUGUCAACUUUAGUGAUGAAACCGCUGCAAAUGCUGCCAUUUCAGAGAUGGACGGAAAGGAUCUGAAUGGUCGUAACAUCCGAGUGAAUAUUGCUAACGAGAGACCAAGUCCUCCACGUUACGGAGGUGGCGGCGGCUAUGGUGGAGGUGGCGGCGGCUAUGGAGGAGGUGGAUAUGGUGGAGGUGGCAACAGCAGCUAUGGAGGAGGUGGUGACGGUGGUUACUAAACAGAGGAGAUGCGAGUUAAUGGUUCUGUUUAGUAGUUUGGUUUCUUCAAUUGAAUCUGUCUUUAGUACAAAACCUGAAUGGGAUUUGCUGAAAACUCAUCACUCUUUUUUGUUUAUUACCAAUUUGGUUUAAUAUUUUAUUGCCCCUAUUAGGCGCAUUUAAAUACGUUUUAUCAUCUCCAUAUAUUCCACUUCCCACCAGGAAACUCGUUCGAGUAUAAUCAUCCUAUGUUCUACGAAUUCGGUCGUUGUUUAAACCCUUAGGUCAAGCCAUGUUUGUAAACUGUAUAAGCCACUGCCUUUUCUCGUGAUUUGUUUCACAUGGAAACAGUCGUAGUGCUAAAAAGUCCUUUUAACUGUUUGUGUAAUGGGUCUUGAGUUUCUGAACGUGGAAGACAACAUGUUCAAUGACAAGUUUCCUUUCUUGUUGAGAUUGUUGCCUGGUUUGCAGGUUCUUGUCCUACGUUCUAACAAGUUCCAUGGGCCAAUAUCUUCUCCUGAAGGUUCUUGGAGUUUCCCCAAGGGUUCUAUCAUAACUCGGUGGCUCUCACGAAUAAAGGAUUAAAAAUGGAGCUGGUUGGGAGUGGUUUCACAAUCUACAAAACAAUCGAUGUUUCUGGAAAUAGAUUCGAAGGAGACAUCCCUGAAUCCAUCUAUUUACUUAAGGAACUGAUUGUGCUCAACAUGUCACACAAUGCUUUCACAGGCCGUAUUGCAUCAUCUUCGGCGAACUUGACUAAUCUACAAUCCUUGGAUCUAUCUCGAAACAGAUUAUCUGGAGAAAUUCCACCAGAGCUCGGGAAACUCACGUUUCUUGCACGGAUGAACUUCUCUUACAACAAACUCGAAGGUGCAAUACCACAAGGCACUCAGAUUCAAAGCCAGGCUAAUUCUUCAUUCGCUGGGAAUCUCAGGCUCUGUGGUGUUCCUCUCCAAGAAACCUGCGGCAGAAAAGAAGAAGAAGAAGAAGCAAUAAAGCAAGAGAAAGAUGAAGAUGAAGAAAAGGAAGAAAAAUAUCAAGUCUUUAGCUGGACUACAGCUGCUAUAGCCUAUGUACCUGGUGUUGUGUGUGGACUCACCAUCGGCCACAUUCUACUUUCACAUCAAGCAUCAUUCGUUAGAAGGAUGGUGUCUUCUUGAAAUAAUAAAUCAAUAAAAAAUGGUAUUCACUUUCUUGAUUUGCUUUGAAUUGAUUCGAGUUAUUGCUAAUGUUUGCAAAAGUUAAAUCAAGGUAUGGAAUCAACAAGACAA